AUGAAGCUUUCGUGUGUCUUACUUUUCAUCGUCUGUGGAAAUCAGUUAUUGACCGAUGCAAUGCAUGGAGGUGAUAUUGAUUACAUCGAGAAAGUGCCAUAUAUGGCUCAAGUAUUUAGACUGUACAAGGGUGGAUUAAAAUCAUUCUGCGGCGCUGCGAUUCUUACCGGUCGUUGGCUAGUAACGGCAGCUCACUGCACAGCCCCCAAAGAAACUGUACUAUCCACACAAGUGCGUGUUGGUACCAACUAUACCUUGACAGGAGGUGAACUGUACAAUAUAUCUAGAAUAAUCAACUAUAAGCAGUAUUAUAAUAGUGCAAAUAGAUGGAAUGAUGAUAUUAGUUUGAUAAAGUUGGAAGGAUUAGUUAAAUUUAACAAUAAUCGCCAACCGAUAUCCAUAUCGAGAGUACCACCGAAAGUUGGAGAUGAAAUUGUAAUUGAUGGAUAUGGGGAUGAUUAUGACGGUGUUUAUGGAACAUGCCUGAAAGUUGGUUAUCAAAAGGUUAUUAGUAUAGAUGAAUGUCGGAAAGCGUUCAGCAGAACAGAUAGGAAAAACAUUGAAAUAGACAACAGAGUUUUUUGCACGAAUUCCACAACGUUGGACCUUUGCCCAGGACUACACUAA